AUAGGGAGAAGGCUUGUGUGUGGUAUGAUGCGGGCGUGUUUCAGGUUGGAUUUAUAAAAGCGGUUGUCCGACAGAAAAUAAUUGUCAGUUGUUGUAGCCUAUAUUAUUCGUCUCUUAUGUUAGUGAUUGAACUCUGUGUCAGUGUCAGAAUACCGACGGUUUCAGCCGGGACAUCAAUCUUGUGCUCGCAGGCUCUCCAAAACAUAUUGGUCCAGGCGUACUGCUUAUUUCGGUGAUUAUUUCGCUCCAGUGAGACCCCAGUGCGUGCUCCCCCAGGCUGGACCAGGCCCACACCACAUUGAUGCUGGUGGGUCCAUCCCGCCUCCCUCCUCCCGUCCUCCUCUUCGUCCUGCGCUACCCCCAUCCCUGCAUCCAGUGAUGGCGAUGAGUACCGACCCGGGCUGCAGAAGGGACGACAUCAGCCCUGACCCCGACCCAAUGACCCCUGACCACAGUGAUCUCACCGCCAUGAUGGCCACCGUGACUGUGACGACCGCCGAGACGGGCGGCUCACCGGCCAAUAGCAUGAGGAAUGGGGCUCAGCAGGGCGGAGCUAAGAGUGGCCCUCCUCCGCGGCCACACCUCUCAGGGAGGAAGCUGUCGCUACAGGAGCGGGGGACGUACCCGUCUGGGAGGUCAGGGGGGGCUCACGUCUCCCCCCGUGUGGUACGCAGACCCACCGUGGAGUCCAAACGGGUCUCCAUCUCAGACGCCGAGGACUGUAUCCAGCUGAACCAGUACAAGCUGAAGAGUGAGAUCGGAAAGGGCUCCUACGGGGUGGUCAAACUGGCCUACAAUGAGGAUGACGACAAACACUAUGCCAUGAAGUUGGUGUCCAAGAAGAAGCUGAUGAAGCAGUAUGGAUUCCCACGACGCCCCCCUCCCAGAGGACCUAAGGCAGCGGUCCAAGGAGAGCAGCCCAAAGUCCUAGGCCCCCUGGAGAGGGUCUACCAGGAGAUUGCCAUACUCAGGAAGCUGGACCAUCUCAACAUAGUCAAACUGGUGGAGGUGUUGGAUGAUCCUGCCGAGGAUAACCUCCACAUGGUGUUUGAUUUGAUGCCAAAGGGUCCAGUGAUGGAGGUCCCCACAGACAGCCCCUUCACUGAGGAGCAGACACGCCUCUACUUCAGAGACAUUGUCCUGGGCAUGGAGUACUUGCACUACCAGAAGAUAGUCCACCGGGACAUCAAGCCUGCUAACGUGCUGCUGGGGGACGACGGCCAUGUGAAGAUUGCUGACUUUGGGGUCAGUAACCAGUUUGAGGGCAACGAUGCCCUGCUCUCCUCUACGGCUGGGACUCCUGCCUUCAUGGCCCCAGAGACCCUGUCAGACAUCCACCAGAGCUUCAGUGGCAAGGCAUUGGAUGUAUGGGCCAUGGGGGUGACUCUCUACUGCUUUGUGUUUGGGAAGUGUCCGUUCAUCGAUGAAUACAUCCUGGUUCUACACAAUAAGAUCAGGACUAAAUGUGUGGAGUUCCCAGAGUCGCCAGAGAUCACUGAGGAGUUGAAGACUCUGAUCCUGAGAAUGUUGGACAAGAACCCUGACACCAGGAUCACCAUACCUGAGAUCAAGUUGGACCCGUGGGUCACCCAGGAUGGUUGUGACCCUCUGCCUCUAGAGGAGGACCACUGCAGCGUGGUGGAGGUCACUGAAGAGGAGGUGCAGAACUCUGUCAAGUUUGUCCCCAGCCUGUCCACUGUGAUCCUGGUGAAGGCCAUGCUGCGGAAGAGAUCCUUCAGUAACCCCUAUGAGUGUCCCAGGAGUAGAGCGGAGAGGUCCAUGUCUGCACCUAGCAACCUGCUCAUGGAUGCGUGGCCAUUCCGCCACUCUUUAAAACUCCACCCCUCUCUAAGGAAGGGCAGCAGUGGAGAGGGAAGUAGGGAGGGGGAGCUUGAAGACCUGCAUGAAGAUGAACCCUUCUCCUCCUGAGUCCCGCUCCUCCUCCUCCUCUCCUACGGUCAGCCGAGCUCUACACAGCCCUCUUAACCACCAUCUUACACUUCUACCCUCAGUGCUUCUGGAAUGAAACGGUGCUUUUACUUGUGAGAAGUGGUUCAACUCAAGCACGACCUCCUCUUUAAAAACGAUAUGCCCUUCCUCACCCCUGAGGAGAAGAGGACUUUUUGUCUGUCGUGUUUCGCCGUCACUUUACCUACACAAUGCAUGGUGAACGUUAUCGCUGUUCAGAGACUCUCUAGGCACCAUUCACAGUCAUGGACAACAUUGGUGCCCUAAAAGCCACCAUGACCAAGAGACUGGAGCAUGCAAUUGAUGUUAUUACACCCCUUACUGUUUGAAACAAGACAUACACACAUGGCUUUUAACCUCCUCCUAUCACAAUCAAUAGUUUAAAGCGGCAAUCUGCAGAUGCUACAUACAUUUUUGGACUUAUAAAUUAAUGAUAGAUACCUAUGAUUCUUGAAGAAUAUAACUUAUAAAUGCCUCAUAAGCUUAGUUCAACUGUCGUACCCCAUCAGAACCAAAAUAUCAGCUUGUUUUAUGCCAAUGUUUGUAAAUAUUGUACAUGUAAACACACACUGCAUAGCCUCAAAAUAUGCUUAACACUAUAAUUUGGAUAUAUUGAAUGGUCAGUCCUUGCAUCCAGUCUAUUAAUGUCCGAGUGGUUACAUUUCCCCAGGCCCAUCCUUCAGCUUUUUACCAAAACAGAGGCGGUGAGUACGCUUUGUUAUUGUUUCAACAGUGGAUUGCCCCUUUAACGCUGCAGUGUUGUACAUAGAUCAUAAAUGUGUGAGUCAGUGUAAUGUCAAUGUUGUUGUCUAUCUCACCCGUACAUGCUAAGCUGUCAACAUAACCCUUCCACACACUCCUCUUAGGUAAUAAUAAUAAUAAUAUAAUUUAUUUUCAGCGCUUUACAAGACACCCAAAUUCACUUUACAUACACAAGAUAAUCAGCAGGAUUAAAAGCAAUAAAAUCAUACAUUAAAAUAAUUAAGUAUAUAAAAGUACACCAAACAUAAGGACAGACUAACCAGACUAACCAGGGAAAAAACUAAACAGGAUGACACUAACUAGGGAAGUGAACUAAUGAGGGAUCUCUAAGACAACAGAGAAUGUGAAGAGGUGUGUCUUUAGUGUGUAUGAAUUGUGAGGUUCUGACAUGGAGAGGGAGGGAGUUCCAGAGUUGGGGGGCUGCACUGCUAAAAGCAUUGUCUCCCAUGGAGCGGAGCCUGGUGCGAGGGAUGGUGAGGAGGCCAGUGUCAGAAGAGCGCAGUGAACAGGUGGGAGUGUAGGGGUGCAGGAGGUCAGUAAGGUAUGUGAGCAGUUUGAAGAUGAUCCUGUGUUGAACUGGGAGCCAGCGGAGUUUGAGGGUGGGGGUGAUGUGGUCUGGUAUGGUGUGUGAGGACUCGUCUCUUUCUCUCUGUUGCUCUAAUCGUCUCCCCUUCGUCCUCUAAUGUUUCUAUUAGGGUACAGAAUUAGAGAAGGGCUGUUUCUCUGAAUCUCAGGCAGUAGGAUGAAGCAAGCCUGUUUCUCUCCCCUGUCUCCCAGACUCUGACCAGCAACCUAUUCUCCUUAAAACACAUUUCAAGCCCACAAUUGUGGAAGGGGGAGCACUAAACAUCUUUAUGCAACCUAUUAAUCACCCUUAGAAUACUUCCAGAACCAACUAAAUGUUUUAUUUCAAUUUGAGAAAAACUUCAAUAAAAAUUGGACAGCAGUAAGCUUGUUUAUUUGUCCUUUAUACAUUUUUUCUUCUCGAUUUCAAUAUGGAAGUGAAACCAGGUAAUGGUGUUUGUAUAUAGUGUUUCUUGAUUAGUAAAAUGCCAAUUUAUUAACUACAUUUGAAUAAUUGUGUUAUUCUCAUAACAUUUAUGUAACAAUAGUAGCAGUUCAUUCAGUUCAUCUAAGCGGUGUGAAGGCUACACAAAUUGAAUAAUUGGUUAUGACAUUUAAAUGUAGUUAAAGUAGGAGUUUGGUGGUGACUUUAUGAAGUGUUAGAGUUAGACCAACAGUUUAAAGUAAUACAGAAAUUAUUGGUAUUUCAGUUGUGGUUGGGAUAUACAGUGCCUUGCAAAAGUAUUCAUCCCCCUUGGCGUUUUUCCU